AUGGCGGGUUCUUCUUGGGUUUAUCUUGGCCUUCUGGUCUCACUCACUGCAUUAGCAUCUACUGAUAAUGCCUUUGGAACAACAGUUUCAGUCCAGCAUGUGGUUGGCAAUGACCAAGGGUUGGAUCUCUCUUCCAAUCUGGCUGCUUGGUCCAUUAAUAGGAUCCUCCAAGUUGGAGACGAGAUCUGGUUUGCAUACUCGGCAACAACUGAGGACAGCAUAAUGGAGCUUCAGAGCAAGCAGGAGUUUGAGUCAUGCAACUUGAGCAACCCGAUCAAGUUGUAUUCGAAAGGCUUCGACAAGGUCAGGCUUCAUGGUGAAGGAGCGCGAUACUUCAGCAGUGGUAAGCUGGAAGAGUGCGAGAAGGGGCUGAAGCUGCAUGUGGAGGUGAUGCCCAAGGUUAAACCUGGUGGUUCAAUUUCACUGAAGAAAGUGACCGAUAUCGAUGGAGAAACAGCGGCAUUGGCACCUGGAACUUCUGGAUCAAGCCAUGCCAAAGCAUCUUUGCUUGUGUUGUUCGUUCUUGCAAUUAUUUUUUGGUGUUGAUGUCGGUUCUUGUGCUUGAGCUUUGAAUGCUGUUGACGCCUGAGUUGACUUCUAAGGUCGACUAUGGGGAUUUUCAUUCCAUUUAAAAUUUGAAUCCCAGUUAUUGUAUUACU